AUGAGUGACCGACAGAAUUUAUUGGGAAAUGAGGGAGUAAGCACAGAGAGCCGAGCCGAGCUCAAGCGCCAGACGCUCAGCAAUCUGUACACUGGUACAGCCAUUCCCGUGCAGAUUGGGCUGCUUUUGGUGAUUGGAUCGGUGCUAUAUGGAGUGCUGACCACGCCCAUCAUUCUGUUUUCGUACCAUCCCAUCUUCAACUCACUGGGAUUCUUCCUGCUUGGCCAGGGUAUUCUGAUCACUCAGCCCGAGCCUCGAUCGGCGGCCCAGAAGCAGGUGGGCGGCGAGCUCCACGGCAUUCUCAACUCCCUGUCAGUGCUCGCCUACUGCGUGGGGGCCGGCGUGAUUCUCUACAACAAGGAGAAGAACCACGCGGAGCACUUUUACUCUUGGCACGGAACCUUUGGCAUCAUUACUUAUGGUGCGCUAGUGCUAGUGAUGCUUGUUGGCGCGGCCCAGUUCUGGUGGCCCAUUGAGGUGUUCGGAUCCGUGCACAAGGGCCGGGCCAUCUACAAGUUCCACCGUGUGGGCGGUUACUUGGUGUGGGGUCUAACGGCAUUCACGAUUCUGCUCGCCCUUGAGUCGGACUUCAACCACAAUGCUCUGCACAUUAGCUACUACACAGUGGCCCCCGGCCUAGCCCUGGUGGCUCUGUUUUUCUUCAAGCGAGCUAACUUUUCCCGAAUGAAGAUUUUCGGGUAG